UGUGUGUGUGUGUGUGUGUGUGUGUGUGUGUGUGUGUGUGUGUGUGUGUGUGUGUACAUGAGAGAGGGUUUCUUUGGAUCGGAUCAGAUCAAGGACCGAGGUGUUUCACUGUCUUUGCUCCGCGGGCACACAUUUACAUACACAGACACGGCACUCACCGGGGGGAUUUGGGCACCGCAUGCCGGGGACAUGUGGAAGUUUGCGCCGCUGUAGCGCAGCCAAAGAGCCGCUCUACCGCCUUAUCGAGCUCCCCUAUUUCUACCCAGGGGGACCCAAGUCCCUGAUCACAGUCCUCACGCACUGAAACCCCUCUCAGAGGACCCAAAUGUAAAUUCAGAACCAGGCAUUUCUGAAACACGCGUGUGCUAAGGGAGGACAGCGAAAAGGAGGACGGCAUCCCGUUGCGUGCAGAGUUUGGUGAGCUCCUUCGGGGGAUUUCGGGGCUUUAUCUUUUAACGCCCUUCUGUUUUCACGGUGUUUUUGCGGGUCUCAUAUUGGCCCCCACUUGCCGCAGUGAUGGUGGGAGCUCGGUGCCCCGUUGGCCCUCACCGCUCCCCGGUGACUGUGCUGGGGCUGCUGGUGACUGUUCUGGUCCUGUCCAGCGGAGCAGACGGUCAGCCAUGCCCGGCCCAGUGCUCCUGCACCGGUACGACAGUGGACUGUCACGGACAAGGACUGCGCAAUGUGCCCAGAAACAUACCUCGAAACACGGAGAGACUGGACCUGAAUGCAAACAACCUCACUAAAAUCACGAAGACGGAUUUCGCAGGGCUGAGGCAUCUGCGAGUGUUGCAGUUAAUGGAGAACAAAAUCACCACAAUCGAGAGAGGAGCCUUCCAGGACCUGAAGGAGCUGGAGAGACUGCGCCUGAAUCGGAAUAAUCUGGCUGUCUUUCCCGAGCUGCUUUUCCUGGGAACAACGAAGCUUUACAGACUUGAUCUCAGCGAAAACCAGAUUCAGGGAAUUCCAAGGAAAGGCUUCAGGGGAGCUGUGGAAAUCAAGAAUCUCCAGUUGGACUACAACCACAUCAGCUGUAUUGAAGAUGGAGCUUUCAGAGCGCUACGUGACCUGGAAGUACUCACCCUGAACAAUAACAACAUCAGCCGACUGUCUGUGGCCAGUUUCAACCACAUGCCAAAGCUCAGGACCUUCCGCCUGCACUCCAACAACCUGCAGUGUGACUGCCACGUAGCCUGGCUGUCAGAGUGGCUGCGACAGCGCCCCCGGCUGGGUCUUUACACGCAAUGCAUGGCCCCUCCGCACUUGAGGGGGCACAACGUGGCCGAGGUGCAGAAGAAGGAGUUUGUGUGCACAGACUGGGAUGAAGGUCACCAGUCGUCAUCAUCUUCCUCCUGCAGUGUGUUACAGUGUCCGGAGUCAUGCACCUGCAGUAACAACAUUGUGGACUGUAGAGGAAAGGGUCUCACAGAAAUACCCACCAACCUGCCCGAAACCAUCACCGAGAUACGACUGGAGCAGAACGCCAUCAAGGUGAUACCAGCUGGGGCCUUUUCUCCUUAUAAGAAGCUGCGCAGGAUAGACUUGAGUAACAACCAGAUAUCAGAGCUGGCAUCGGAUGCCUUCCAAGGUCUGCGCUCUCUCAACUCGCUGGUACUAUAUGGGAACAAAAUCACAGAGAUCUCCAAAGGACUCUUUGAGGGGCUGUUCUCUCUGCAGCUACUGUUACUGAAUGCUAAUAAGAUAGCAUGCCUGCGCGUGGACGCGUUUCAGGACCUUCACAACCUCAAUCUGCUAUCACUGUAUGACAACAAGCUCCAGACCAUCGCCAAGGGGACUUUCUCAUCUCUAAGAGCCAUACAAACACUUCACUUGGCGCAAAACCCCUUUAUCUGUGACUGCCAUCUGAAGUGGCUGGCAGACUACCUGCAGGACAAUCCCAUCGAGACGAGCGGCGCCCGCUGCACCAGCCCUCGACGGCUCGCCAACAAACGAAUCGGGCAAAUCAAGAGCAAGAAGUUCCGCUGCUCAGGAGUACACCAUGUCAGCUGUAACGAGGAUUACCGUAGUAAGCUAGGAGGCGACUGCUUCGCAGACCUGGCCUGCCCUGAAAAGUGUCGCUGCGAGGGCACCACCGUCGACUGCUCCAACCAGAAACUCACCAAAAUACCUGAUCACAUUCCUCAAUACACCACCGAGCUGCGUCUGAACAACAAUGAAUUCAGUGUGCUCGAGGCGACGGGGAUCUUCAAAAAGCUGCCUCAGCUGAGGAAGAUUAACCUGAGUAAUAACCGUAUCACUGACAUAGAGGAGGGAACGUUUGAAGGAGCUUCAGGGGUCAAUGAGCUGAUUCUGACCUCCAACAGACUGGAGAACAUACACCACCGCAUGCUGAAGGGACUCAGUGGCCUCCGCACACUCAUGCUGAGGAGCAACCGCAUCAGCUGUGUGAGCAACAGCAGCUUCGUGGGGUUGAGUUCGGUGCGUCUGCUGUCACUCUAUGACAACCAGAUUACCUCCAUGAACCCCGGAGCCUUCGACACGCUGCACUCCCUGUCCACACUAAACCUUCUGGCUAAUCCUUUUAACUGCAACUGUCACCUGGCUUGGCUUGGUGAUUGGUUGAGAAGGAAACGCAUCGUCACUGGUAACCCCCGCUGCCAGAGUCCUUACUUCCUGAAGGAGAUCCCCAUCCAGGAUGUAGCUGUCCAGGACUUUGCCUGUGAAGAUGGUAAUGAUGAGAACAGCUGCUCUCCGGUGCUGAGAUGUCCAGCUGAGUGUUCCUGUCUGGACACCGUGGUCCGCUGCAGCAACAAAGGACUCACCACGCUGCCCAGAGGCCUCCCCAAAGAGACCACCGAACUGUAUUUGGAUGGAAAUCACUUCACUCAAGUUCCCGUGGAGCUCUCCAAUUACAAACACUUAACGCUCAUUGAUUUGAGUAACAACCAGAUCAGCACGUUGUCCAACCACAGCCUCAGUAACAUGUCCGAGCUGCUUACCCUAAUUCUGAGCUACAACCGGCUGCGAUGCAUACCAGAGAGGGCGUUCGACGGACUUAAAUCUCUCCGUUUGUUGUCUCUUCACGGUAAUGACAUAUCACUGAUACCAGAAGGAGCCUUCAAAGACCUGUCAUCGCUUUCCCACCUGGCUCUGGGCGCCAACCCUCUGUACUGUGACUGUCACAUGCAGUGGCUGUCAGACUGGGUGAAGAGCGGGUAUAAGGAGCCUGGCAUUGCUCGCUGUGCCGGGCCCGGCGACAUGACGGACAAACUUCUACUGACCACACCCUCCAAGAAGUUCACUUGUACAGAAGUCCCUGGGCCUUGUGGUUUUCUGGUGCCAGGCCCAGUGGAUAUAAAUAUCCAGGCUAAGUGUGAUCCCUGCCUGUCCAACCCCUGCAAGAACGACGGCACAUGUGCCAAUGACCCUGUGCACUACUACCGCUGCACAUGCCCUUAUGGAUUUAAGGGCCAAAACUGUGACGAACCCAUUCACGCCUGUAUCAGUAACCCGUGCCAGAACGGUGGAACCUGCCACCUGAAAGAAGGAGAAGGCAGCAACUUUUGGUGUGUGUGUCCGGAGGGCUUCGAAGGUGACGCUUGUGAGAUCAACAUUGACGACUGUGAAGAUAACGACUGUGAGAAUAACUCCACCUGCGUUGAUGGAAUCAACAACUACACAUGCAUGUGCUCACCAGAAUACACAGCUGCUACCAAUGAGGUGGAGAGAGGGGAGCUGUGUGAAGAGAAACUGGACUUCUGUGCCCCAGAGCUGAACCCAUGUCAGCACGACUCAAAGUGCAUUUUGAUUCCUCAGGGAUACAAGUGUGAGUGCAUUCCAGGAUACAUCGGUGAGCACUGUGAGCUGGAUUAUGACGACUGUGAAGAGAAUAAGUGUCAGAAUGGCGGUCAGUGCAUCGAUGCCGUCAAUGGAUACACCUGCAUCUGUCCAGAAGGGUACAGUGGGUUAUUCUGCGAGUUCUCUCCUCCGAUGGUCCUUCCUCGCACCAGCCCCUGUGACAACCACGAGUGCCUCAACGGGGCACAGUGCGUCAUUGUGGGAUCAGACCCCCGCUGCCAGUGUCUCCACGGCUACGAGGGAGAGCGCUGUGAGACUCUCACCAGUGUCAACUUCGUCAACCGCGAGUCGUACCUGCAGCUGCCCUCCAGUCUCCUCUCACCACAGACCAACAUCAGCCUGCAGAUUGCUACCGAUGAGGACAGUGGCGUGUUGUUGUAUAAAGGGGAUAAUGAUCACAUUGCCAUGGAGCUGUACAGGGGACGCCUCAGGGUCAGCUACGACACUGGAUCCUAUCCUCCUUCUGCUAUAUACAGUGUGGAGACAGUGAAUGAUGGUAAUUUCCAUGCCGUGGAGUUAGUAGCAUCAGAUCAGACUCUGUCUCUGUCCAUCGAUGGCGGGCCGCCCAAAUCCAUCAACUCCCUCAACAAGCAGUCCACACUCAAUAUAGAUUCUCCACUUUAUGUGGGAGGGAUGCCAGAGCGAGCCUCGGCUUCUGGCGGUCUGUCGGCUCUACAGCACAGCUCGGGUGGCCGUAAUGGCACGAGCUUCCAUGGCUGCCUCCGUAACCUCUACAUCAACGGGAAGCUCCAGGAUCUAGGAGCUGGGCUUGAAGCGGGGCUCCCAGGAUCUGGAACCACCCAGAGUACCACCAGAAAGUGGUUGGGCAAUGGGGUGGAGCCGGGCUGUCAGCCGUGCCAGAGAGGGGCCUGCGUCCAAGGUGACUGCCACCCAACUGGACACCGCGGUUUCACUUGUACAUGCCACGCAGGCUGGACGGGAACUUUGUGUGACCAGCAAGUUAGCAACCCCUGUGAUGGCAACAAGUGUAUCCACGGUACCUGCAUCCCAAUCAACUCCUAUUCCUACUCCUGCCGCUGCCAGCCUGGCUUUGCUGGUGUCCUCUGUGAUGAGCAGGACCAGGAUGCAGCUAACCCCUGCAGCCUGUCUCGCUGCAAACAUGGCAAAUGUAGAGUGUCAGGCCUGGGCAAGGCGUACUGCGAGUGUAACAGCGGAUAUACAGGAGAGGCGUGUGACAGAGAGGUGGCCUGCCGAGGGGAACGGGUCCGAGAUGUCUACCAGAGACAGCAAGGCUACGCGGCGUGCCAAACCCAGGAGAAGGUCUCCCGUUUAGAGUGUCGAGGCAGCUGCCCGGGGGGAGCAGAAGGACAGGGCACCUGCUGCACCCCCCUUCGCAGCAAACGCAGGAAAUACACGUUCCAGUGCACUGACGGGUCUUCUUUUGUCCAGGAAGUGGAGAAAGUUGUCAAGUGCGGCUGUACAAAGUGUUCUUCAUAAAAAAAAAAAGAAAGAAAAAACAGAGACGACACCCUCAGCAGAUUUUUCUGUUCUCCAGACAUGUUCUGUGUUCCUGCUCGCCUUACUUGAUCCCCCACCCCCUGUUGUCCAAGAUCCCAAUUCCCCGUGAGGAAACCAUGCACAGUACCCCCCACCACCUUUUUUUAAACCCUUAAAAAACAAACAAAAAAAAGUUUCUUUUCUUGUCAGUGCUGGACUGAUGAUUGAUGCUUCCUCGGUGGGGAUGUCGAAUUGUAUUGUAAAGUACGAAAACAGACUUAUUUUUUAUUAUGAAGUGGCGAAAAAGACAAAAAAAACACACACACACACACAGAAGUUGACUUUUUCCUUUUAUCUACUUCUUUUUGUUGGUCAUGAUGACUCUAAUGGUGUGC